AUGGCAGCACAGAAAGGGAAUAAAGGAGUAGCAUUUUAUUUUGCUGAUCAUGUUAUUUAUAAAAGGCGACACGAUCUAGAAAUAAAUGAAAUUGAAGGUAUUUGGUUAGAAAUAUGUCCAAAAAAUGCGAAAUCGUAUUUACUUUCCGUAAUUUAUAGACCCCCGGAUAAUUCAAAGUAUCUUAAUAAAGAUUUUUCAUAUCUUCUAUCUGAUGUACUGUCAUUAACAUUAGACGGUAUCAAAGUAGUUAUAAUCUUAGGGGACCUUAAUGUCGAUUUCCUGAAAAAGAACGAUCAUGUUGGGAUUAAAACAGCUUUAACGUUACACGGUUUUAAACAAGUCAUUAAAUCACCAACCCGAAUAGCGGAAACGUCACAAACUCUUAUCGACAUUAUCGCUACAACUAAUUGCACAGUUAUAGCGGAUACCAAAGUCAUCCCCAUUUCUUUUAGUGACCAUGACCUUAUAUGUUGUAUUAGAAAACAACAUCACACCCGUUUCGUUAGCAAAACAAUAAAUUGUCGAAACUAUCGAAAUUAUGACAAAGAUAAAUUUUGUCAAACACUUUCAUCACAGAAUUUUCAAGAUGUUUAUAAUUCAACGAACGUCAAAAAAGCAUGGUCUUUGUUAAAGGAAAUUAUAUAUCGCACCUACGAUUCCAUGGCUCUAUUAAUUCGUAAAAAAGUUCGCGGUAAGCCAUGUGAUUGGAUGACUGUUGAUCUCAAAAAGGAGAUGAACUCACGCGAUAAUUUGUUACGAAAAUCGCGUAAAACCAAAUCAGAAGCAGAUAUCACCGCUUAUAAAAAAAUAAGAAACAAGGUUAAUAAUAAAGUUCGUAAAGCAAAGAAUACGUAUCAGCGACAGUUAUUUGAGGAGAACACCGGAAAUCCAGAAUCCUUCUGGCAGUCGAUAAAAAAAGUAUUUCCACUUAGAUCGAACUCUCAAGUGAAUACUACUAUACAAAUCGACAAGAAAUUGGUAACCGAUCAACAUUCUAUUGCUAAUGCGUUUUGUAGAUUUUUUUCUAAUGUUGUAAAUUCACUUAAAAGAUCUGCUUUUGUGUUGACAAACUCCGUCUGGAAAUAUCAUAAAGAAAUACCGAGUAAAUCAAACCCAAAAUUUCGACUUAAACCAAUCACUGUUAAUGAAACCAUGAAACAUCUACAAUCAUUAAAUCGUAAAAAGUCUGUUGGGCUAGAUGAUCUACCAUCCUGGUUACUCAAAGACUGCAUGGAGGUAAUCGCUUCACCACUGACAUAUAUUAUUAACAUGUCUUUUGAAACUUCAACAUUUCCAAGUGACUGGAAACGCACCAAAGUGUUACCACUUUUCAAAUCUGGAGCAAGGUCAUCUGUUAAUAACUAUAGACCAAUAUCUGUUAUUCCAGCUAUAUCCAAGGUGAUUGAAAAAGUUGUGCAUGAACAAUUGACUGCAUAUCUUGAAAGUAACAAUUUAAUAAACAACAACCAGUUCGGUUUCAGGCCUCGUCGCUCAACUGAACUGGCUGCAACAAUCUUUAUCGACACUGUGAAAUUGAAGGUUAACGAUGGCAAAAUGGUCGGUGCCGUAUUUUUAGACCUCACAAAAGCAUUCGACAUGUUAAGUCAUGGUAAACUACUGUCAAAAUUAAGCAGUUUUGGAAUUGUUGGAGACGGACACGAGUGGUUCACAGACUAUUUGUUUGUGAAACACUCUGAAGUAGUCAAAUAUGCAGACGAUACUGUUUUAUUUGUUGAAACCCGUCUUUCAUCCGACAUGAAGUGUGUACUUGCAUGGUGUUUGGAAAAUGAAUUAAUUUUAAAUCUCGGAGCAGGAAAAGCUGAAGCAAUGUUAUUUGGUUCGAAAAAUAACCUCUCUAAACAAAACAGCUCAUUAAACGUAACUUCCGGUACCAAACUCAACAACUUUGAUUUAACGUAUCAAAAAGCUUCCGGUAGAUUACGUUUACUAUAUCGCAUUCGACCGCUGAUUACAGAUAAAGCUGCAUUGGCAAUUUUUCAAACAAUGAUUCAACCAGUAUUAACAUAUUGCGGAUUUGUUCACCUUAAGAAUUCUCAGACACAACUACUCAAACUCCAAUCUUUACAUAGACGAGCAACUUUAAUUAUUGGAAAUCAAUUCUUGACACCACCUGAUACUGUCAAUAUGAUAGAAAUGCGAGCUUGUAAUUUCAUUCGCCGUUGCUUGGACAACGAUGUGUGUGAAAAUUUUAAAAAUUACUUCACAAAAACAAACCACACAAGAAACACACGUAACAACAGAAAUAGCUUGAAAUUACCUAAUCUUCGUUUGGAAUAUGCUCGUGGAUCUUUCUGUUACACUGGAGCACAUAUUCACAAUACACUCCCGUUGGACAUUAGAAAAUGUGAAUCAUACAAUAUUUUUAAGUCGCAACUGAGAGAAUAUUAUCUGCGACCCAUGUUGAUAACAGACUUCAUAAUGUCUGAAAUGGCCAUCCUUUUUGGAAACAUUAAUUGUCGAAAAACAUUGGUCUUCCUAAUCAUCAAUAAACAGCCAAACGCGUCGGCCGGGAAAACAACUCGGAUCUAUCGCUUGGAAGUCAACAAUUCUAACCUUUGCACUACCGAUGCUGAGAGCGGAAUUUUAGGAGUUAUUGCAUGUAAAGUACUUUCGCGAUCAAAAUAA